CGAUGCGUCCCCCCUUCCUGUUUUCUUCAACAUCCGGGUCACGGUGACGACUUGAACCGCUUGUGCUAAAAUGCUACUGUAUUAAUCGACGAGAAAAAAGCGAAUCUUUUCCCCAAUUAUCAGCCGCAGCUUUUCGGCGUGAUAUGAGCGAGCCUCGCAAGCCGGGGAUGUCGUCCCUCCACGCGGUCGCCCCCGUGCAACCCUCCGACAGUCCCUGCGCCGUCGACAUCGACCCGGUGGAGUACACCCUUCGGAAAAGACUGCCCCGCAAGCUCCCAAAGAGGCGCAACGACGUGUACGUCAACAUGAAGACGGACUUCCGGGCACAGCUCGCCCGCUGCCAGAAGCUGUUGGACGGCGGUAGCGGCCACCGGGAGAUCUGCGUGCACGGCCUGGGCCUGGCCAUCAAUCGGGCCAUCAACAUCGCGCUGCAGCUGCAGGCCAGCAGCCAGGGGGCGUUGCAGCUGGCCGCCAAUACCUCCACGGUAGAGCUGGUGGACGACCUGGAACCCGAGGACCCGGACGAGGUCGCCGAGCCCCUGACGCGAACGCGUAACAACUCGGCCAUCCAUAUCAAGGUUUUCUACCCCGACCCUAAGUGAAGGCAGCAAGAAGCAGCCAGAGCAACUUGUCUUCAGUUGCAUGCGUGUGUGUCAAACGUGUAAUUUAUUUGGAGGACUGAGUUUUGUGCAGAGGCGUGCUGAUGGGGUAAACGUGUAAUUUAUUUGGAGGACUGAGUUUUGUACAGAGGCGUGCUGAUGGGGAAAAAUGUUAAAUGCCACACUAAAUUUUGACUAGUAACUGGUUUUGAUUUCUGUCUUCAGCAAAACAAAACAAAGCUAUUCCGGUUCAGGUUAGUGGCCGGGGUCUUUUUGUGUGUCUUUAAGCAAAGUUAACAAGUGAGACUGAAGUAUUUUUUUUUCAUAGUAUGUUAGGAACAUGCUUCUUUAGUUUUGCAUGCCAUUUUGUGCAAAAAUUGCUUUCCAUAUGCACCAAGUAUUGUUCACAUUGCUACAUUGUACAGUAAUGUUUACUUUGCAAGUUGUGUUGUUGUAUUGAAUGUCAGUAGUUAAUAAGCUUCACGGGUACCUUUUGUUUUCUUCUAGCGUCCCAAACAUUUGCCAGUGGAAGUCUUUUGUUUUUGUUGUUUUGCAAUCUACAAAUAAAAAUAUUAGGAACACA